AUGGCUCGGUUAUCACUACUCUUGCUGCUAGUCAGCAUCGUUUCUCAGCCCACCUUGGCUGUGUACCAGUUGAUCCAAGACUACUCCGGGGACGCCUUCUGGCAAGGCUUCGACUUCUUCACCGACCCGGAUCCGACCGAUGGUCUCGUUCAAUUCCAGUCACUGGAACAGGCAAAUGCUACAGGCAUUGCGGGAUUCAUAGAAGGAGGAAAUGCAUCUUUCGCCAUCUACAUGGGCGUGGACACUGAAAAUGUCGCUCCGCAGGGUCGGGCCAGUGUACGUGUCUCAUCGGUGCAAUCUUAUCAACACGCUUUGGUUAUCGCCGACAUAGUUCACAUGCCCGGUGGCGUCUGCGGUACCUGGCCCGCAUUUUGGAUGGUCGGCGCAGACUGGCCAAACAACGGAGAGAUCGAUGUCGUCGAGGGAGUCAAUGAUCAACCUACGAACUCUAUGACUUUGCAUACCGGAGAGGGCGCAGUGGUGAGCAACGGCACCGACUUCUUGGGGGAACUGAUCACGUCGAAUUGCGACGUCAACGCCCCUAAUCAGCCGACGAACGCUGGAUGUUCAAUCGGCGACAUUUCCAAUCUGACAUUUGGACCCGAAUUUAACGAGGCCGGGGGAGGAGUGUUCGCAACCGAAUGGACGGCUGAUUUCAUCAAAAUAUGGUUUUUCCCACGCGGCUCCUUCCCAGACGACAUUGUCAGCAGCAAUCCCGACCCGUCCAAAAACUGGGGUACCCCGAACUCGCUGUUCCAGGGAUCAUUCAAUCUUGACGAUCAUUUCAAGAAUCUCCAGAUCGUAUUCGACACGACCUUCUGCGGGCAGUGGGCUGGUGCUGUUUGGAACACAUCCUCUUGCGCAUCUCUGGCACCGACCUGCGAAGACUACGUGGCGAAUAAUCCCGCAGACUUUGUCGAUGCGUACUGGGCGAUCAACACCUUGCAGGUAUUCCAAGAUGAUGGUUCGGGAGACGACAACGCGACGGCGGCGGCGAAUCCGGCGUUGGCGAAACGCACAGCUGCCGGGGAGGGGUAUGGAAAGCUUCAAUCAAAAUCUGGGAAGAGAGUGCUCCCGAUAUAUUCAUGA